AUGUCUUCUCUACGUAACGCCGUUCAUCGGCGUAACCAUAAAGAACGAGCGCAACCGCGCUCUAGACAGAGAUAUGGAUUACUUGAGAAACACAAGGAUUAUGUACUUAGAUCAAGAGAUUAUCAUGCAAAACAAAGCAGGCUCAAAAAUAUGCGAGAAAAAGCAUAUUUUAGAAAUCCUGACGAGUUUUACUUUAAAAUGAUUAAUAGUAAGACUAAAGAAGGCGUUCAUAUAAUAGAACGUAAUUCAGCCUUUUCAGGAGAUAUGAUUAAAUUGUUAAAGUCUCAAGAUUUAAAUUAUGUUAAAACUCAAUGUGAUCUUGGAAAUAAGAAAAUUGAAAAAAUUCAAAAUGAAUUACAUUUCAUUGAUUCAGAUCUUAUUCAAAAUGAUAUGGAAGUAGACGAAGAACUAUCGAAAGAAAAGAAUGAAUUAAAACAACCUCAACAUAUAAUAUUCUUUGAUUCUAAAAAAGAAGCCAAGAAGUUUAAUCCAACAAAAUAUUUUGACACACUUCCUGAAUUGAUAAAUCGCAAAUUUAAUAGGCCGCGUAUUAAAACAUUAGAAAGUGAUAGCAUUAUGAUACCGGAUGAUGAAGAAUUACAAAUAUUGCACAAAAAUAAAUUAUUAAAAUAUCAAGAUCUCAAAGCUCGUAUAAAGCGACAAAACCAGUUGGAAAAAGCAGAGCAAGAAUUACAAACUCAGAAAAAUCUGAUGGGAAAAGGCCGUCGAGUUAAAAUUGGUGUUGAUGCGAACGGAUUGUCAAUAUAUAGGUGGAAAAACGAUAGAAAGAAAUGA